AGGGGCUGGCUAAGUUGCUAUAGUCAAAACUCAAAAGCCAGGCACAUGGCCAAUUUUCUAGUUGCUUGUGGAUUGUAAAAGGUGUAAUCUUUGUGUGUGUUAAUGGUUAUAUUUGUUUAGUCCGCAAGAGUUGGAGUUUUUAUUUUUAGCUUUGUGCUUUUGUGUUUUGUGUUGAUGGAAACUUGCUAUAACAAUUAAAUAUGUUUGCUUGGGGAUUGUAAAGUAACAUGAGGCACUCAGUUGAGUGUGGAUGCAGUGAUGUCUUCUUGAUUUUGCUUAAUUAAGCAUUCUAUUUGACUUUGCUGAUUUAUAGUAUAAAAAUGUAGUAUGAGGAAAUCUUUAUGCAUUCUUUAUUGGUUAUGAAACUUUUGCCCUUUCGAAUUUUUGUGUUGUGAAAGAAAAAAACAAGAAGAGAGGCACAUUACCUUGCUCACUCUUUUUUUGCCGGAUGGUGCAACUUUUGUUUUGAUAUUUCAGGUUGUUCAUGCCCUUGUUAUGUUCACUCCCUACUAAAAAAGUGGUUGCUAUAAGCUUACUUGGGCUUCAGUUAAGCUUCUUGACUAUUUUGGUUCUACUUAUCAAUUCAAAUUCUGUAUUUAACAUGAAGAACUUUGGACGAAGUUCCAAUUCGUUAAAGUCAGCUGAAACUAUGAGGCUUAUUUUCUCCAUAGGUUGUGGAGUCAUGUUUGGCUUAUUCAUAGGAAUUUCUUUUCCUACUAGUUCAUUAACCAAGCUAAAUAUUACGGCUAGUAUUGUAAGCAGCUUACCAAUUGCUACAGACAGAGAUAAUGUUGUUUCAUCACAAAAUGGUACAGAUUCUUUGAUCAAAAAUCAGAAUGCUACAGAUCAAUGGAAGAUAUGGGUCUCAUCAAACCCAAGAGGGGCAGAAAAAUUACCUCCAGGGCUCGUUGCUUCCGAGUCUGACUACUAUCUCCGGAGAUUGUGGGGAAACCCCAGUGAGGAUCUGCCCAACAAGCCAAAAUGUCUAGUAACAUUUACUGUUGGUAUUAAGCAGAAGUAUAACAUUGAUGCUUGUGUAAAGAAGUUCUCAGAUGACUUCACAAUUCUUCUUUUUCACUAUGAUGGAAAGACAAAUGAAUGGGAUGAAUUUGAGUGGUCACAACGAGCCAUCCACAUAAGUGCUCGGAGACAAACAAAAUGGUGGUAUGCGAAAAGGUUUCUGCAUCCAGACAUUGUUGCCCCAUAUGACUAUAUUUUUAUCUGGGAUGAAGACCUAGGAGUUGAGCAUUUUGAUGGCAUGGAGUACAUUAAACUAGUAAAGAAGCACGGUUUGGAAAUUUCACAGCCAGGUUUGGAUCCCAGGAAAGGAACAACAUGGCCAAUGACAAUUAGAAGAGAAAAUAGUGAAGUUCACAUGUUAUCUGAAAAUAAAUCAGGCAAAAGAUGCUCAGACCCCCAUUUGCCUCCAUGUGCAGCAUUUGUAGAGAUUAUGGCUCCUGUCUUUUCCCGAGAUGCAUGGCGUUGUGUGUGGCAUAUGAUUCAGAAUGACUUGAUCCAUGGUUGGGGACUUGACUUUGCCCUUCAUAAAUGCGUUGAGCCUGCUCAUGAGAAAAUUGGAGUUGUAGAUGCUCAAUGGAUUAUUCACCAAAGUGUCCCUUCCCUUGGAAAUGAGGGGCAAGCAAAAAACGGGAAGGCUGCGUGGCGAGGGGUGAGAGAGAGAUGUGAAAAGGAAUGGUUAAUGUUUCAAUCUAGGGCAGAAAAUGCACAGAAAGACUAUCACAAGUCAAAUGGAAUAGAUACUUCUAAUUUCACUUACAAUCCAAAUGGAAUGGAUCCUUCCAAAUUCAUAUCUCAUUCAUCCAAUAGAGUCUAGGCAAUAUUACCUGUAGACUGUAGUAGUCACAGUUGUUAAGAUUCAUUAAAUUUUUUAAACUGAAGAAUAUAAUCAAGUUAUCUUCAAUAGA